AUGGAAAACGGCCAGAAACUAUCUUCGGAGUAUUUUAACCUUAAGGAAUUGACUCACAUUGUAAAAACACUAGAUAAAAAUCCUAAGAUUCAGGAAAAUGUAUUAAACGUAAUUGGUAAUACACCACUCGUAAAACUAUCGAAAAUACCAAAGGAAGAGGGCGUACAAUGUGAAAUGUAUGCAAAAUGUGAGUUUUUGAACCCUGGAGGUUCAGUGAAAGAUCGCAUAGCUUAUAGAAUGGUUUUGGAUGCUGAGCAGAAGGGAAUAUUGAAACCUGGAAAAUCUGUGAUUGUUGAACCAACUUCUGGAAACACUGGAAUUGGAUUAGCUUUAGCAGCAGCUGUGAGAGGAUACAGAUGUAUUAUUGUGCUACCGGAAAAGAUGUCAGAUGAAAAGGUGAAUACACUCCGAGCAUUGGGUGCAGAAAUCAUUAGGACUCCUACCGAGGCAGCUUCGGAGUCCCCCGAUAGUAACAUCAUGGUUGCAAGACGUUUGUCCAAGGAAAUACCUGAUGCUGUGCUAUUAGAUCAGUACAAUAAUGUGUGCAACCCGUUAGCUCAUUACGAUGGCACCGCUGAAGAGAUUCUUUGGUCGCUCGACAAUGAUGUUGAUAUGGUUGUGAUAGGAGCUGGUACUUGUGGAACGAUCUCCGGGGUCGCACAUAAGAUCAAAGAAAAAUGUCCUAAAUGUAUAGUUGUUGGAGUGGACCCUUAUGGAUCAAUAUUGGCUCAGCCUGAAGAUUUAAAUGAGACCGAUGUAACGGUGGAAGGUAUUGGAUAUGAUUUCUUACCGAAGGCUCUAGACAGAACGGUCAUUGACAAAUGGAUUAAGACAGAAGAUAAGACUUCCUUAAACAUGGCAAGGAGGCUGAUCAAGGAUGAAGGAUUACUAUGCGGAGGCAGCAGUGGCUCCGCGAUGUGGGGAGCAAUACAAGCGGCGAAAUCUCUUAAAGCGGGUCAAAGAUGUGUGGUUCUAUUACCAGACAAUAUACGUAACUAUAUGACGAAAUUCAUCUCUGACCAGUGGAUGGAGGCACGCGGCUUUAAGCCUUACGAUAAUAACGAAAAACUAUGGUGGUGGAAUAAUCCUCUGACUGAUGAUUUAGUCCAAGUAACUAAGAGUUUAUCACAAGACAGUACUACUGUUGAAGCUAUAGCAGCUUUGAGAGAAAACAAAUCCACUCUCCUUCCUAUCGUGAAUGACAAGGGUUCAAUCAGUGGUAUAUUCAGUGGAGACAACGCUAGACGGAGACUGGCCCAUCUGUCAGGAUCCACCGAAGAGCCUCUUGAUAAAUUCACAGUGAAGAAGUUCUACAAAGUCGACCUCUCUGACAAUCCGACGCUGGGCAGUGUGUCUAGAAUACUAGAUAUAGCACCUUAUGUUGUGGUUGUUAAAACAGAUGGUGAACAACAUGUCCAAAAGCCAGUGGGAUACAUAACAUCCGAAGAUAUCUUGGAAUAUGUCACAAAUAAAAAACAUAAGAUGAAUGGGAAAUGA